AUGGUGAAGAUUGAUUUGCAAAAAUCCUAUGAUUCAGUAGAAUGGCCCUAUUUGAAUCAGGUUAUAAGUGAAUUGGGGUUCCCUGACAAAUUUGUCUCUUGGAUAAUAGAAUGUCUACGAGCUGUGAAUUUUACUGUGAUGGUAAAUUGGGAAACUAUAAAUCCAUUUGAUGCUGCUAAAGUAUUGAGACAGGGAGACCUCAUUUCUCCUUAUCUAUUUUCAGUGGCUAUGGAAUAUUUGAGCAGGAAGCUACAUGAACUUAGGGACGACAAAUCCUUUAACUUCCACCCCAUAUGUGCUAAAUUGAAGAUCACCCAUAUGAGCUUUGUAGAUGACUUAUUGUUAUUUUCUAUAGGUGACAUGAAGUCAGUUAAUGCACUUCACCAAGCUUUCAAACAGUUCUCAGAAGCUUCAGGGUAUCUGGGAGUUCCCCUAUCCACUAAAAAUAUCUCCUUUAUUCAAUGGUUACCUCUAAUAGAGAAAAUAGUAGACAGAAUUACCUCCUGGACAACUAAGAAACUCUCCUACGCUGGGAGAGUUCAACUGGUGCAAUCUGUUCUUUUUGGAGUCCAAUCAUAUUGGUCUCAGCUAUUUCAAAUGCCAGUUAAGGUCCUUAAAUUGAUUGAUGCAUAUUGUAGAAGUUUUGUGUGGUCGGGCACUGAAACUAUUACGAAAAAGGCCCUUGUCUCUUGGGAAAAAAUGUAUUUGCCCAGAACCUUUGGAGGAUUAAACCUCCUUAACAUAAAGAUCUGGAAUAGAGUUUCUCUAGCUAAGACACAUUGGUACCUUGCUCAUAAAGAUGACAAAUUAUGGAUCAAAUGGAUCCAUGAGUUCUACCUCAAAGGCCAUCCUCUUACCACAACCAGAGUUCCCCAACAAGCUUGUUGGAUCAUGAGGAAAAUCUUGGAAGCUCGACAGACUUUGUUGCAAGUGCAGAUAAGAAAGGGGCCAGGCAGCCUGACCAAACAUAUUUAUGAGCAGCUGCUACCUAGUUACCCUAAAGUACCCUGGAAAUGUAUGAUGUACGAUAAUGAUGCUAGACCCAAGGCCAAAUUCAUCAUGUGGCUGCAGCUACAAGACAAGUUUCUCACUACUGAUAGGCUAGCAAACUGGGGUUAA